AUGUCACCCUCUGCUUCCGACAGAAGUCCAUUCACCGCGACAACACUUCGGAAACCACUGACAGAGCCCUCCGGAGUCAGACGGGACAUGGCUCCGAGCAAGAAAGUGACGAGGACAAAAGAGGAACGCAUCGCUAACUCGAUGGCCAAGAAGAAACGCAAGGAGGAGAGAAGGUUGCAGCGAAAGAAGGAUAAGGCGAAAGCCUCUGGAGGACCUGGAGGGCGGGGGGGUCACCCUCGCAACCGUGUCGAAUCUGCUGCGGUUCGCCCUGGACACAGGAUACGGAACCUCAGCACCCGGAAUGGGGUAAAGAAGGCGGACAACGCGAGCGAUUCCCCCUACGACCAGCUCUUCAAGCGGGCGGAAAGGGGCUACGACAGCUCCCUGGAUGAUGGUAAAGGAUGCUGGCUCUACCUGAAACCUACGGUGGAGCUCAGGAAAUCCGGCGCCUUCACCCUCGGGGAUGUUAUCGACUCGGAUGUCCAUCGCCACGGGAAUUGA